CUCUGCUCUCAGUCUCCUGUCAGUAGGAUCCCACUGUUGCAUGAAGUCCCAGGGGCUGCGUCGUACGUCUAUAUCCCUUGAAAACAAGAGCUGGCACUUGCAGGGAGUGCAUGGCAAAAAUGGAACAACAUUUUGGCCGAACUUUUUACCAUGAACUGAAACUUCCAUGACUGUUUCCUUCUCAAAAGAAUUCAGCCUGCAAUAAGAUGGGAAAUAAAUCAGAUGCCUCUGCAUUUUAUUCCUCCAUAUCGGAAACUGAUGACAUUGUGUUAGGAGUCCUAUAUUCAGUGUUUGGCCUUUUGUCUCUCUCUGGCAACUCCAUGCUGCUGUUGGUGGCCUACAGAAAACGCUCCAUUCUGAAACCUGCUGAGUUCUUCAUCGUUAACCUCUCUAUCAGUGACCUGGGUAUGACCGGGACCCUGUUUCCUCUGGCAAUUCCAUCAUUAUUUGCACACAGGUGGUUGUUCGAUAAAGUGACAUGCAAUUACUAUGCAUUCUGUGGAAUGCUUUUUGGACUUUGCAGCUUGACUAACCUGACGGUGCUGAGCUCUGUCUGCUGUCUGAAAGUCUGUUAUCCGGCUUAUGGAAAUAAGUUUUCCACCGCCCAUUCACGAAUCCUGCUGCUGGGUAUUUGGGCCUACGCGGGUCUGUUUGCUACAGCGCCACUGGCGGACUGGGGGAAAUAUGGACCUGAGCCAUACGGUACAGCUUGCUGUUUAGACUGGGAGGCAUCUUACCGGGAACGCAAGGCUUUGUCCUACACCAUAUCUUUGUUUGUUUUCUGCUACCUCAUCCCCUCUUCCUUAAUAUUCAUCUCCUACACCCUCAUAUUUGUCACUGUGAAAGGGGCCAGGAGGGCCGUCCAGCAACAUUUGUCCCCACAAGCUAAAGGAAGCAGCAUCCACAGCUUGAUAAUAAAGCUCAGUAUAGCAGUCUGCAUUGGGUUUCUCAUAGCCUGGACUCCAUAUGCUAUUGUGGCUAUGAUGGCAGCAUUUGGAGACCCUACAAAAAUCCCAUCGCUGGUGUUUGCACUGGCCGCAGCAUUUGCCAAGUCCUCAACGAUUUACAACCCAGUGGUUUAUCUGCUCUUGAAGCCCAAUUUCCUCAAUGUGGUAACCAAAGACUUGACAUUAUUUCAGACCAUGUGUGCAGUGGUUUGUGGGUGGUGUCGGACGCCUGCGGUCAAAACUCCAUGUCCGCACAAAGACCUGAAAACCACCUCAAAACCGCCCAGCAGUUUUAAGAAAAGCCAAGGUGUGUGCAGGAACUGUGUUGAUACUUUUGAAUGUUUUCGGAAUUACCCACGAUGCUGCAGUGUGGGGAAUGUUGACGCUGCCCAGCCCAUGGCAGCCUCUCUGGUCAGAAUCCCCCCAGCAAAUGGCGCCCCCCAACAAACAGUUCAACUUGUUGUAAGUUCAUCAAGAACAAGGUCUGGGGUGGAGACCGUUGAGGUGUCAACCGAGGCCCCAAUGUCAGAUUUCAUUAAAGACUUUAUCUGAACACAAAGGGUUUAACAUCUCUGGGAAAUGUCUGUUGUACUGAUGUAAAAUAUUAAAGUGUUUUCAACUCA